CAGAAACAAAGAGGAGUUAGUGAGAAACACACUUCUGCGGCGGAGCGGGCAGCGCGCGGCUGGCACGCGGCACCGCACAUCUUCCAAAGCGGGACUUUCGUGAGGUGCUGCGCGGGGAGCCGCCGCCGCCGCUCAGUUCGAGUCGGACGGCGGGCCAGCAGCUGGCUGCCAUGGGUGGACCCGGGUCAGGGGGCGCGCAGCGCGUGCGGACCCUCGUGUGGGACUCGCUGCUCGUGUGUCUCUUGGCCGGCCCUGGGGCUGCUCAGUGCGACGGCUGUGUGGAAUACUGCUGUGACGGCACCCCCCCUUUCUGCUGCUCCUACUACGCAUAUGUGGGGGACGUUCUCUCGGGUACUGCUAUUUCAGGGAUCGUGUUUGGCGUCGUGUUCCUCAUGGGCGCCGUGGCAGCCAUCUUCUUGUGCACGUGCAUGUGCGUGAAGAACGGGCGGAGUUCCCGCGUGGGGGUCUUCAGAGCUUCUCACGUUAGCACUGUUUCCCAGGGAUACCCAGGUCCGCCUCCUCCAUAUACAUAUGACUAUGAAAUGUACUCUCACCACAUUCUGCCCCCACCAUACACUCCAACCCCACCCAGAACCUACCCACCACCACCUCCAUACCCAGGUUACACCAGCAAAUAAGCAAGUAGCCCUGCCUUGAGUGGUCUGCGACGCACCGGGAUGCUGCUGUUACCAAACACUGGAGCAGGAAUGCCUGUAACGGACAGGAUUAAACAGCACUAAAGCGCGAUCCACAUGGCAUCUGUACAUGCUUGGAGCUUCUUAUUUGUACGGCCCACCCACAGUGGAGAAUGGAUGCUCUAUUACCUGUGGUUUUGUAUCGACUGGCUGACUUCCAGCCAGGGCAGGUCCGCCACCCCUCGCUUUUGUCCCCAGGUUAGUGGGGCAAACUGAUGGAGUGUAUAGCAGGAUGCACAGUAAAUACUGUAAAGUUUGUCUCUGACUGUGUGAGGCAGUGACCCUUUCCUAAAACACUUGAGGAACUGGAUGUCUGAAGAAGGGGGCAGGACUGGUGUGAGAGAAUGACUUGCUGUACAUAAAAAAAAAAAAUUGCCCUUGAACAUCGUACGAAUGGUGCGGGAGCAGAAACAUUACUUGAGGCCACACAGGUCCCUCUGCCUGGAGAAUUCUGGGCUUAUAAGUAGUUAAAAAGUAACUACAAUCUUCUUUGGUGCAUCUUAAGUACAUUUAAUAUAUCUCCGAAUUCUAUUCUUCUGUCAAGAACGAGAUUUGCUGCACGGCCCGAAAUGAUGAACGUACCGAAACAUAUCUGCACACAGAACCCUCUGUAGCUGAUUUUUAAAAAAGGAUGUGUUGGUUGUUAAAAGAAAUGAAAGUGAACUUCUUGUUUACAUUAAUGGGUACACUUUGUUGGGCAGUUGUGCUCUGUUUGGAGUGUUGAGUAAACAGUUUUUUAAGAA